UGGGGCUACUGUUGCAGCACAGUGGUGUACGCCUACACAAAGCCAGAGCGGCAGGAGUACUGUGUAGUGUUCUGGGACACCAAAAACAACGAGAAGUUUGUCAAAUAUGUCAAGAGCUUGAUGUCCAUCACAACUUCCGGGGACUUCUGCAUCCUGGCCAGCAAAGCGGAUGACACCCAGCCUCAGGAGGAUGCUGAGUUAGAGUCUGGGAGUCAUGCCAGGUACGUCCUGAUUCUGUGCAACUCCAUUGGGACUCCACUGGACUCCAAAUACAUCGACAUUGAUCCACUAUUCGUCACCAUGACCAAGACUCAUGUGAUUGCUGCAUCCAAAGAGGCGUUCUACCUGUGGCAGUACAGAGUGGCAAAGAAACUGACCGCGCUGGAGAUCAACCAGGUGACCAGAACCAAGAAGGAGGGGAGAGAGAGGUGAGCUGUUUCCAGAC